AUGGUCAUCUGGGAGACCUGCACAGGAGCUCCCAUUUCCGUAAGUCCUGGCUGGCUGCGGGGAGGGAUGCUGGGGCCGAAGCACUGGUGCUGGGAGGUGGUGCGGUUCCACGCUGAGCUCCGAGCAGGAGUGGAGUCCGAGUGCAAGCUGAACACCUACCUCUUCAUGAUGCAAGCCCAAGGCAUCAUGAUUCGUGAAAACAUGCGAACAAUAGGAGCUCAGGUGUAUGAGCAGGUGGUCCGCAGUGCCUAUGCCAAGAGGAACAGCAGCGUGAAUGACUCAGAUUAUCCUCUUGAUCUGAACCACAACGACACCUUUCUGCAAGCCACAACAUUUCUUCCUGAAGACUUCACCUACUUCCCCAACCACACCUGUCCUGAGAGGCUCCCUUCUAUGAAGGGCCCCAUCGAUGUAAAUAUGAGCGAGAUCACGAUGGAGGAUAUCCACCAGUUCUUCUCAAAAGACCCUUCCAUCAAGCUGGGAGGCCACUGGAAGCCAAGUGACUGCCUGCCUCGCUGGAAGGUGGCGAUCCUGAUCCCAUUCCGCAAUCGAUACGAGCAUCUUCCCGUCCUCUUCAGACACCUUAUUCCCAUGCUGCAGCGGCAACGUUUACAGUUCGCCUUUUACGUUGUAGAACAAGCUGGAAACCAACCCUUUAACCGUGCCAUGCUCUUCAACGUUGGCUUUCGGGAAGCAAUGAAGGACUUGGACUGGGACUGUCUCAUCUUUCACGAUGUGGAUCACAUACCAGAAAAUGACCGUAACUAUUAUGGGUGUGGACAGAUGCCGAGGCACUUUGCAGCCAAGCUGGAUAAGUACAUGUAUCUGCUCCCUUACAACGAAUUCUUUGGUGGGGUGAGUGGCCUGACCGUCAAGCAGUUUCAGAAGAUCAAUGGUUUCCCUAACGCCUUCUGGGGCUGGGGUGGCGAAGACGAUGACCUCUGGAACAGAGUACAGUACGCAGGCUACUCGGUGACUCGACCAGAAGGAGACACAGGGAAGUACAAAUCAAUUCCCCACCAUCAUCGAGGAGAAGUGCAGUUCCUAGGAAGGUAUGCCUUGCUGAGGAAGUCAAAAGAAAGGCAAGCCCUGGACGGCCUCAAUAACUUGAACUACUUUCCAAACGUCACGUAUGACGCCUUGUAUAAGAACAUCACUGUUAACCUGACACCGGAGCUGGCUCUGGUGACGGAAUAUUAAGAGGAGAAAAUAACUUUGCUCCGCCCUUCACCAAGAAAGCACCAUGCUAGACUUUCUUUUCCAAGGGUUAUUGAGGACAAGCAACACUUUGUCUAAUGAAGGAUCACAGUAUUUUGGAGAAUAAGGCUGAAAGCGCACGCACAAAUUGCCCUAGCUGUACCAAUCCAGCCUGAUACUUGUGCAGCGAGCU